AUGGCUGACUUUUCCUUAACUCAAGAAGAUUUACAACUCUUGAUUGCUGCAAAUGCACAUCUUGGUUCCAAGAACACUAACGUUCACCAAGUCCCAUACAUUCACAAGACCAGAGUUGAUGGUGUCAACAUCAUUGAUGUCAACAAGACCUGGGAAAAGAUUGUUUUAGCUGCAAGAAUUAUUGCAGCUAUUCCAAACCCAUCUGAUGUUGUUGCUAUCUCUUCCAGAACUUUAGGUCAAAGAGCGGUCUUAAAGUUUGCUUCCCACACCGGUGCAACUGCUAUUGCUGGUAGAUUCACUCCAGGUUCUUUCACUAACUAUAUCACCAAGUCCUUCAAGGAACCAAGAUUAAUCAUUGUUACUGAUCCAAGAACUGAUGCACAAUCUAUCAAGGAAUCUUCAUAUGUCAACAUUCCAGUUAUUGCAUUAUGUGAUGUCGAUUCUCCAGCUGAGUUUGUUGAUGUUGCUAUCCCAUGUAACAACAAGGGUAAGCACUCCAUUGGUUUAAUCUGGUGGUUAUUAGCAAGAGAAGUCUUAAGAUUAAGAGGUACUCUUGCUAACAGAUCCGAACAAUGGUCUGUCAUGCCAGAUUUGUACUUCUACAGAGACCCAGAGGAACCAACUGUUGAUGAAACUGCUGAAGAAACCACUGAAGAAGUUUCCGAAGAAGCUGCAGAACAAGACUGGACUGCAGAAGGUGAUGCUCAAGACUGGGCUGCAGAAGGUGAAACUAAGGACUGGGCUGCAGAAGGUGCAGAAGGUGUUGCAGCUGCUUCCGCUUGGUAA